CUUCACACACACACACACACACACACACACACACUCUUUGUGUGUCCAUCUCUCUCCACACACACACACACACUCUCUCUCUCUUUGUGUGUCCAUCGCUCUCCACACACACGGUCAGAAAAGGGAAAGCACGCUGACUCGCCGAGCUGACUCAAUGGUAAUUGCUGCAGUCAUUCUGGAAUAUCAGCAGCUCUGAGGAUUAUUGCUGGACUAUUGGCUCAAAUCUCUCGUGUCACCAAGCCUUCCCCAUGAGGAAAGAUGGGGAACGGAUUGUCAGAGCAGCCUAGCUUCAUCUCAAGCAUCCCGUUCUUCCAGUCUUUCCACAUCGCCAUCCUUGGUCUGGACUCGGCAGGGAAGACAACCGUUCUGUACAGACUGCAGUUCAAUGAGUUUGUGAACACUGUGCCCACCAAAGGUUUCAAUGCAGAGAAGGUCAAAUUGUCUCUGGGCGGACACAGGACGGGGACAUUCCACUUCUGGGAUGUAGGGGGCCAGGAGAAGCUUCGCCCCCUGUGGAAGUCGUACACGCGAUGCACGGACGGCAUCAUAUUUGUUGUGGACUCUGUGGAUGCAGAGCGCAUGGAGGAGGCCAAAACAGAGCUCCAUAAAAUUGCCAAAACCUCUGAAAACCAGGGGGUGCCCCUGCUGGUGGUAGCCAACAAACAGGACUUGAGGCACUCUUUGGGGCUUGCCGAAAUUGAGAAACUGCUGGCGCUGAAAGAACUGGGCCCUGCAACUCCAUGGCACCUGCAGCCAGCCUGCGCUAUCAUAGGAGACGGGCUCAGGGAGGGCCUGGAGAGACUCCAUGACAUGAUCCUGAAAAGGAGAAAGGCGCUCCGGCAGCAGAGGAAAAAGAGAUAAACUUUGACACGAGAAGGACUUGUCUGCUGUUUUAUGUGAAGGAAACAAAGGAUUUUCUCCUGGGUGGAAAGAGGCAUCCACUGCAGGUCCAGGUUCAACAUUUACUGAGUUUUAUCAGUCCAGAUUUAAGAUUUAGGAUUCCCGGUCUUGUGAUGAUGCUGUUGAUCAGGAAGUGACACAUAAAGGAACACAGUAUGAAGAUGAGAAAGUUUCAGAGAUGUGUGGAUAUAAAGAGUUUAAAUGGAUUAAAAAGCACUGAGGGUCUGGGGUGUGGAAGGGUGAUAGAAGUUAAGGAUGCUGUAUGUUUCAUGGAUGGCUAAUGGCUGUUCCAAACAACAUUACCAAAAAUAAUCUAAGAUAAUGGCUUUUAACUAGUUCAAGAGUUUUUUGGUAAAUGAUGGAACAUUGUUACACCAGAGGGGAUAUGAAAUAUACAUCAGUUUUUAUUUCACUGUUUUCUAUGUUAAUUUGUUAAUUUUCUACACUGGAUUUCCUUUGUUAAAGAAAAGUAUUAUCAUGCAUUAUCGCAUUAUAUCGAUUUGUUUGCUGGCUUAUAUUGCUCUUUUUUAAAAAGCACUUUAGAUUAUCACUUCGUAUGAAGUUUACAGUUUUUAAAUAGAGCGUACUGUGUUGGAUUUCACAGAAAUGUUUGAGCAAAAUGCAACAGAUGCUACUGUAGUUGGUCCACAUUGGCCACAUUGUCAUUAGACAGGAUAUGCAUUGUGUUUUGCUUAAUAAAACAUAUUUAGAGCAACAUUGA